UCUGGGAUGUCCAGUUGGUUAUUAUAACGGCAAUGAAGGCCAAGGAAACUGUACUAUAUGUCCGGAUGGUUUUAUGUGUCCAUAUAUGAAUAUGACUUCUCCAGAACCAUGCAUGUCAGGACACUACUGUGUGGAAGGGGAACCUAGUCCUAUACCUUGCCCUGCAGGUACCUUUAACAAUGUCACCAUGUUGAGUACAGAAGACGAGUGUACAGACUGUUCACCUGGUACAUACUGUUCUGGUGCUGGUAAUAGUUACCCCACUGGUCUUUGCACUGCUGGAUAUUACUGUGAAGGUGCCGCUAAGAGUCCUAUUCCAGUUGCCACAGUUGAUUAUCCCAACAAUGGAAUCUGUCCACCUGGAUCUUACUGUGAUGAAGGAACCCCAGCGCCUAAGAAAUGCCCGCCUGGUACAAUAAGACCUUCCGAUGGUGCUACAGGUAUUGAUGAUUGUUCUCCUUGUCCUGGAGGUCAUUACUGCUCUGGUUAUGGUCAAACCAGUGAAACUGGUCUGUGUUAUGCAAGAUUCUAUUGUCCAGCUAAUGACACAACUUCACACCCAGAACCAGGUCAUCUUAAAUGCCCUGUUGGUCACUACUGUUUGAAUGGUACUACUGAGCCAUAUCCCUGUCCUACCGGGACUUACCAACCAAAUGAAGGGUUUGAUGAGUGUGAACCAUGUCAAGCAGGAUUUAUUGUCAAAGUGCUUUGGAGCCAGAUCCCCAGCCUUGUCCAGCAUCAUUACUGUCCAGCUGCCACCAUGUACCCAAUACCAUGUCCAAAUGGGACAUUCACGUAUGACAACACCACAAAGCUGAAAUCUGCUUACGAGUGCCAGCCGUGUAAAGCAGGUGUUUACUGUCGAGGAGGUUACAUUGUUGGUCCAUGUCCGCUGGUUAUUUCUGUUUGGCAGAAUGGAACAGCACCAAUUAAAUGCCCGCUGUAUACUUUCCGUGAUACCCCCGGUGCCACCAGUGAGGGAGAUUGCACUCCUUGUCGCCCUGGGUUUUGGUGUAAUGACACUGGCAUUGUGAAUUAUCGACAAAAUCCAUGCCCAGUUGGUCACUACUGUGAGCGAGCUAUGGUAUAUCCAGAACCCUGCACUGGUGGUAGGAUGAGUACAACAACUGGAAGAGUCAGCAAUGAAGAUUGUCCACUUUGCACCCCUGGAUAUUACUGUCCCAAUGAUACCAUCAACGUUCAUGGCAUUCCAUGCAGACCUACCUAUGAAUGCCCAGAAGGAGCCUCAAUUGAAGUUGUGUGUCGACCUGGACAUUAUUGUGAAGGGGUAACUGGUGAUCCACCGAUUUGCCCAGGUGGUUAUUAUUGUCCGUUAGGAUCCAGUUUCUAUACUCGCUGCUUCUUUCCUAAAUAUUGUCCGGAAGGUAGCGAGGUUCCAGUUGAGUGUCCUCUUGGAUACAUGGCUGUCAACCAUGCUAAUAUCAGACCAGAUAUUGAUGGUUCAUGUCAGAUAUGUCCAGCAGGUACUUAUGGUAAUCAUACUGAACGCUGGUUACUACUGCCCAGAAGGAACCGGAGAUCCUAG